GCAGGGCAUCCAUAAGUUCCUGACCUCUCAAAGUGAAACAAAUACAAAAAGAGCUUUGAGCAGAUGAGAAAACGCGACUGGAGCGGCCAACCUCGGUCUUACCCACCGCAGGUGGUGCCAAGAUUAUUGGCAGGUAAUUGGAGGACUGAAAUGACGCAAUUAUAUGACAAGCCAUGGCGGAGUGGGAGUUGGCUCCCUGCAGUUGCCAGAACUCAUCAACAAUCACAACGCAUUGAUGAGAAUCAUCAGUCACUUGCGACUGAUGAUUCAAGUGAUCAGAUGCUGCUCUCUGAGCCUGAAAUGUCAAAUUUGACCUCGGGCCUCGGAGGCAUUGAAUUACAGCCUGUUGCUCAGAGUGAGAACAGUGCUUAUAGAAAGAGGAGGUCUGCUGGGAAAUUUAGUGGUGGCGCGUGCUGUGCGACUUUCAGUGGUCGUCGGAUGACUGAGACGAAGAAGUCUGUGGGGAGAUAUGGUGGUGGUGUGAAGACAAUGGAGGAUCCCGGUACCAACGAUUCUGAGGUUGAGCCACCUCAAAAGGCUAGAACUCCUCUUCCGAGUCCAGCAAAAAAUGAGAACUUGGCAACCAACAAUCGUUUACUCCCAACCCAGGUUGUGGCCUGCGUGGUCCAAUCAGGUAACUCCAAGAUUUAG